UUUCUCUCUACCAGUUCCUUGUAUGCCGACCAACGUCAAAGCUUCCUUACGCUGCAACUCCAACUCGGCUGCAGUGACAUGGGAGCCAGCCAGUGGAGCUCUCGCUUAUGUUGCAGUAGGUGUAACAACAGAUGGAAGAUACCAGACUAAGUGCAAUAACACCAUGACAUACUGCGACCUGAGCAACCUGCAAUGUGGACAGACUUACAAUGUGAGCGUGUUUGGCUAUGAUGACUCCUGUAGUGGCAUGGAGAGUGAUAAGGCCUUUGUGCGGACAGCCCCCUGCAUGCCCCAGAAUGUGUCUGUCGAGUCGCGCUGUGCAGAAGGUGCCAUGGUUGUUUCCUGGUCUCCCAACCCUGACGCUCAGUAUUUCCAUGUAGCAGCAGUGAGCAACACUGGAGCGAGACUCUACUGCAACUCCAGUAGCACCAAAUGUACUAUUAACAAUCUGCCCUGUGGACAGAGCUACAACAUCACUGUGCUGUCUGUCAGAGACGCUUGUGAGAGCAAGCCAAGCGCUGUGGCGAAAACGUCUUCAGGUAAACUUCAGUCAACAGCUAAAUUCACUGUACAGAAGUUAUAUUUAUUUAUUUGGAACGGAAUCAUUAAUUUUGUCCAUGUGUAUCAAGAAACAAGACUGUUGUCUAUAUUCAGAAUGAAAAUGAAUCACAAAGGCAUCUCAGAAAGAUUUGAUUACAUUCUCCU